UGCGAACAAGUUGUCUGCGAACGGACGUGCGCAUUUUAGUUUCUCAUUGCUUUGAUAUCAAUACGGCAAAACGAACUUUGCACACAUUCCCUUUUGAGUAUAUAUAAGUAUAUAGAUAUAUAUACCGGCUUAUUAUCCGUUCGUAGUAUUUGUAUUCGCAGGCGCAGCCGUCAAGUGCAAUAAAGUAAUACAAAAGCGGCCCCAGAUCGUAGCACUUGGAAGAGUAAAAGAGAAGAAGAAAAACAAAAUGGACGCACAUGCACAUCACAGCGCACCCAGUAUUGGUGUUGAACUGAUAGACCAUUCCAUGCAUGGACACGAUCACGCCGGCAUGCAUCACGAUCACGCUCACAUGGCGCCAAUGGAUACGACAACGCUCAGUCCGCCGCUGGAGACGUCUCACGGUGAUAUGGGAAUGGGCGGGCAUUCGUCGCAUCAUCAUGGCAGUGGCGGCACCGGACACGGCAUGGAGCACAUGAUGUCCAUGGCGUUCCACUUUGGCUAUGAUGAGACAAUACUGUUCUCCUGGUGGCACAUUGAGACGGUCGCUGGUCUCAUUGGCUCCAUGAUUGCCAUCUUUCUGCUGGCGCUGCUCUACGAGGGUCUCAAAUACUAUCGCGAGUAUCUGUUCUGGAAAACGUACAAUCUGCUCGAGUAUCGACCGGUGACGGGACCACAGCGCAAUCCGGAGGCACCACGACUACCCCCACCAUCCGCUGCAGCAGCCCCCUCGCCCGUGCAACCCACGAUGCUGUCCAUUAACCAUCUGUAUCAGACGCUGCUGCAAGUACUCCAGGUGACGCUCUCCUUCCUGCUGAUGUUGAUCUUCAUGACCUACAACGUGUGGCUCUGUAUGAUGGUCGUGCUGGGCUCCGGUGUCGGUUACUUUCUAUUCUGCUGGAAAAAAUCGGUCAUUGUGGAUGUGACGGAGCAUUGCCACUAGCAGCGGACCACGGCCAGGACCAGGACCACAACCACGACCAGCCACAAUCCAGCGAUCCACUCCAGCCAGCGCUGUCUCACCUCUGAUGCUACACCCUGAUAAGCUGGCGAUCUACCAGGCACAAUUUCGGUUUACAGCCUGAUACCUAAAUUGUCCGCUGCCCUAUUUUCUCGAAAUGUCUCCCUUACACACACACACACAUACAAACACACAUGCUCCCAUUCACACACACACACACACACAUACACACACCAAGACAUACCCAAAAUACGCAUACAUAUUACAUACAUUUUUAGGUAUUAAAAUAUAUAUAUAUACAUUUUUUUUUAUCCGUGCUGAAUGAUCGGGCAACGCAUUUGCCAGCACUACAACUUUUAUAACUGUGAAUUUAAAAAAAAAAAAAUUUAAAAACUAUACACAACGCAAAAAAAAAAUACAAGUAGUUGCUUUGGGUACUCCUUUUUUUACCAAGCAACUUUUGAGGAUAAGUUGAAAGUGCAAAAGCAAUAAUUUUUCCAAAAUUAUUGUUUAAAGUUGCCCAGCAAAAUAUUGUAAAAAUUUUAAAAAAACAAAAAAUUAGAAAACAGAAAACAAACAGCGAAUCAUUUGUUAUUAGUACUCAAUGUAAGUUAGUGAAAAUUUUCUCAAUUGCUCAAUGCUGAUUACUUACUUUUGUUUUCCUUUGGUUUUCCUCAUACUUUGUUUUUACAAAAUAUUUACACAUCAUCUUUAUAAUUAUGCUUACACUUAUUAUACACAAUCAAUCUGUUUAUAAAAUUAAAUGUUUGUAAAAUAUUCAAAUAACUUUUCA